UAGAACUUGACUCUUUAUUCUCCAAUCUUUAACCUAAAAAAAUGCUAAUAAUAAUUUGGUAAGGGUGGCAAAAGCAAGAGAUGUCUGAAGUGCCCAACACUUCUAGCUACCCGUACCUAUCACAGUCUGAUUGUAAAGCGCAGCACUGUACGUAAGAAGCAUCUAUUGCGUCACGACCUCCCUUUAACUUAGUAUCCUGCGACCCUAGUUUCCUAAAGUGCACUGACUGGCCUCUGAUCCCUUCAGUUUCGUAAUUUGAAAUUUGAUGAUGGCUUCUGGGACUGCUUAUGUUACUCGGAUAUAACUACAUAAUAAUGAGGCUAAGAGCGUUUGGAAUCAAACCCAGGACCUUGCGCUUGUGAGGCAGGCGGUGGCAUCAUUGAGCUAAAUCCCCAGCCCGUCUACUGGGAUUUUCAGAUGGACACUAUAAGGAAGAAAUGAAGAAAUUUAAAAAAUAAUAUGGGAAUAAUCACUUUUCAGAAUUUCCUUUUUCUGGUUCUGUUUCACCUGUUUUGGAGCUAGUUACAUCCAAUCAGAUUAAGGAAGAACAGAAAGCUAAAGCUCCUAAUCCAGUGGACUAGUUGCUUCAGAUAUAAAAUAUGAGAAGCUUAUUUCAAGUGUCCCUACCCAUCAGCAGAGAGAAAAGGCCUAGCCUGGCACAAAGUAGUUCAUAAUAGGAAUCUUAUGAUCAGUACAGUGAAUGGAAACCUGUUCAGAGGUUAUGGCUGAAAAGCCCAAUCCUGGGACCCCAAGUGACAGUUCAGAAUGGCUCUUCUCCUUUGGAGUUAUAGCAGAUAUUCAAUAUGCUGAUUUAGAAGAUGGGUACAAUUUCCAAGGGAGCAGGCGGCGGUACUACAGACACAGUCUUCUUCACCUAAUGGGUGCUAUUGAAGAAUGGAAUAAAGAAAGCAGCAUGCCCUGCUGUGUUCUUCAACUUGGAGAUGUCAUUGAUGGCUAUAAUGCGCAGUAUAAAACAUCAGAAAAGUCUCUGGAACUUGUUAUGAACACAUUUCAGAUGCUUAAAGUCCCAGUUCAUCAUACAUGGGGAAACCAUGAAUUUUAUAACUUCAGUAGAGACUAUUUAACAAACUCUAAACUUAACACAAAGUUUCUAGAAGACCAAAUUGUACAUCAUCCUGAGACUGUGCCUUCAGAGAAUUAUUAUGCUUAUCAUUUUGUACCAUUUCCUAAAUUCCGGUUUAUUUUACUUGAUGCUUAUGACUUGAGUGUCUUGGGCAUAGAUCAUUCUUCUCCAAAAUACCAGCAGUGUAUGAAGAUACUGAGGGAGCACAAUCCAAAUACGGAAUUGAAUAGUCCUCAAGGACUAUUUGAGACCCAGUUUGUCCAGUUCAAUGGAGGAUUCAGCCAAGAACAGCUGAACUGGUUGAAUGAUGUUCUUACGUUCUCUGACACAAACCAAGAAAAAGUGGUGAUUGUGAGCCAUAUCCCCAUUUACCCAGAGGCCUCUGAUGCUGUGUGCCUGGCCUGGAACUACAGCGACGCCCUGGCAGUCAUUUGGUCUCACAAGUGUGUGGUGUGUUUCUUUGCUGGUCACACACAUGACGGUGGCUACUCUGAGGAUCCUUUUGGUGUGCAUCAUGUCAACCUAGAAGGAGUUAUUGAAACAGCUCCGGACAGCCAAGCUUUUGGCACAGUUCAUGUCUACUCUGACAAAAUGAUGCUGAAAGGGAGAGGCAGAGUUCCAGACAGAAUUAUGAAUUAUAAGAAGGAAUUCCCUUUUUAGUCGGAUUUACUUUGUUUGCCUUAAUAGAAAGAGGAUGACCUUGCUUUGUGCUUGUCUCAACUACACAAAAAGGAAAACAACAACAAAAAAGUACUCUGUUUUGUAUUCUGCUUGCAUCACCAAAUGUGUUUGUGGCUUCAGAGUAUGUUGAUAAAAUAUUCAGAAAUACCACUUUUGGAUAAUCUAUCCAUUCCUGAAAAUUAGAAAAAACAAGGGUGGAGACUGCAGUGGGGGUAUAUAGUUGUCUUCACCUAAAAAAAUUUUGGUUUUGAUUUAUACAAGAGAAUAUAUUCAUGUUAGCUGUAUUACUUAAAAUACGUAAUAAAAAAUAAAGCUUGGGUAA